AUGUCUCUUCAACAGUUUGAUGGUCUGGAGAUCCCAGCUCCUGCUGAUUUCCAUGUUCACCUUCGUGAUGGACCCAUGAUGGAGCUUGUCACACCAACCAUCAGACAGGGAGGUGUCAACACCGUCUUCGUCAUGCAUGCCUUGGACUACAAGAAGAGACUUGAAGCCAUUGAGCCAAAUGUCAACUUCCUCAUGUCCUUGUAUCUGCACCCCGACAUUACCCCCGAAGUGGUCAAGGAGGCUGCUUCAGCAGGUAUCACAGGCAUCAAGUCCUACCCAGCCGGCGUGACCACAAACAGCAGUGCUGGUGUCGUCAGCUACGAGCCCUUCUAUCCUGUUUUCGAGGAAAUGGAACGUCAGAACAUGGUUCUGAACCUGCACGGCGAAGUUCCCGGAUCCAAGGACAACGACAUUACCGUGUUGAGCGCCGAAGAGGCCUUCCUUCCCACGCUCAAGGACCUGCACAAGCGCUUCCCCAAGCUGAGGAUCAUCUUGGAACACUGUACCACCGCAGCUGCUAUUGAAGCAGUCAAGUCUUGCGGUCCCACCGUCUCAGCUACCAUUACUGCUCACCAUCUCUUCUUGAUUGUCGAUGACUGGGCCGGCGACCCGCACUCCUUCUGCAAGCCUGUGGCCAAGACACCCAAGGAUCGCGAGGCUCUGCUCAAGACUGUUGUUUCAGGCAACCAGAAGUUCUUCCUCGGCACCGACAGUGCUCCUCACCCAGCUAUCAACAAGCGUGGAGACAAGGUUGCAGCUGGUGUUUUCACGCAGCCUCACGCAGUUGGAUAUGUGCUAUCUGCCUUGGAGCAGGGUAUCGAGCGCGGCGUCCUCAAGGCAGAUGAUGUCACCGAGGGGAAGCUCAAGGGUUUCCUUGGGUUGAACGGCAGAAAGUUCUACGGAGCCGAAGACAAGAAGGGUGAGAAGGUCGUAUUGAAANAGGAUAACGUCAAGGUGCAGAGCCUGCUGAAGAACGCUGAUGGCAGCGUCGAGGUCGUUCCUUUCAAACGUGAUCAGACGAUCUGGAGCGCUGAAUGGAAGUAA